AUGGGCGGAGUUCUUAGCUACUUUCGCAGCUUAUUUGGACAACGCGAGAUGCGCAUUUUGAUCCUGGGUCUCGAUGGUGCUGGUAAAACAACGAUACUCUAUAGACUGCAGGUUGGAGAAGUCGUCACAACUAUUCCAACUAUAGGAUUCAAUGUGGAGCAGGUCGAAUACAAGAAUCUCAAAUUCCAGGUAAAGUUUUUUAUUGCCUAG